CGCACGAUCAUGCGCAAGUUACGAGACGUUCACACCUUCUACGAUCCAGCGAGCCACAUUUGGCGAGGUCUACCAACUCCACCGCUGUGGAAUCCGGAUCAAAGUCUCGGUCAAGCGAUUCUCGGAAUGCUCGAUCGUACCCGUAGCAAGGUGGUUCAGAUAUGUGCUGACAGUGGAGUUGAGGUUACCGGAGCCGAGAUGUCUCUGAGGACGGUUCGAGUAGCUCAGAACCUGAUCAAGUUGGGUUACGGGAAUCCCGAGGACAUCUUCGCUAUGGCCGUUCGCAACGGAGAGCAUUCGGCACCGGUUCUGUUUGCUUGUUUUGCGCUGGGAAUCCCCGUUAAUACCUUGGAUCCCUCGUUUCAACGGGACGAUCUGGGUCACAUUCUCGCGAUCGUAAAGCCCAAGCUAGUAUUUUGUGACAGCGAAACGCUUGAUGAGUUGACAGCGGCUUGUCAGUUGGCAGGUGUCACUCCCAAAGUAAUCUUACUGGGAGAUAAGAUCGCUGGCUACACUCACGUUGAAGAUCUGCUCGUACCAACCGGGAUCGAGGACAGUUUUGUCCCGGUCCACCUCGACAACCCUUCAUCAACACCCGCCGUCCUCAUCUGCUCAUCCGGCACCACCGGUCGCUCCAAAGCCGUCUCCCUGUCCCACUCGAUCUGCAUCGCCCACGUGGCCAACUUCUUCGACUGUCGCGCCAGCGACAUCCUCUUCGCGUACAGCUCCCUCUACUGGCUGUCCGGACUGUUCACCCUUCUCGCUGGAACCCUCGCGGGUGCAACCCGCAUCAUAACCCGAGCCCCGUUCACCGUGCAGCGCACCGCGGACAUCGUCCAGCGCUACCAGCUGUCCGUCAUUUCGUUCCCGCCGUCGCAGGCGUGGGCGAUCGUGAACGAUCCGACGACGGUUACCGCCGACUCGUUCCGAUCGUUGAGACUUGCGCUGUGCGGAGGCAGUGUCGUAUCGGCGAGCUUGAAGCGCGCGUUUGAGACGCGAUUCCCGGGGAAGGUCUUGGAGAUUGCGUACGGGUUCUCGGAGGUUGGCUAUGCGGUGACGUCUACGCGGGAAGGGUUCUACCGGGAUGGGAGCGUUGGGUUUACGAGACCCGGUGUGGAAAUUAAGAUCGUGGAUGAAAACAACUGCGCGCUUGGGAUUGGACGGGACGGGGAGAUCCUGGUGAGGACGAAGCUGGUAUUCUUGGAAUAUUUUGGGAAUCGGGAGGCUACGGAGGAGAUGCUGGACGGUGAGGGAUGGCUUCACACCGGGGAUAUUGGAAGGUUCGACGAGGACGGAUUGAUGUACGUGGUGGAUCACAAGAAGGACACCAUCAAGUACGGGAACUACCAGAUAUCUCCGAGUGACGUGGAAGCUGUUUUGCAGGGUAUUGAAGGAGUAGCUGCCGCGUGCGUCGUGGGAAUCCCACAAGAGAACGGGAAUGAUUUGGCUACCGCGUUGGUGGUUCGUAGUUCGGAAACUGUUGGUAGCGAAUUUAUUCUUCAGGAAGCUGCGAAGAAACUACCCGACUAUAAGCAACUUCGAGGUGGAGUGCAUUUUGUGGAGAAGAUUCCAAUGACUCCGUCCGGGAAAAUCUUGCGGAGGUUGGCGAAGGAGGUGAUCAUGGGUUAAAAUUGCUGAGUAAAAUUUAUGAUUCAGUUUAAGUCUACAAUUUUCGCAAUAAAAAAGAAAUGAAAAUUUUAAAAAUAAAGAUCUACAUUUUAGGUGAAAUCGGGCCGAUAAA